UAUAACCUUAAUUGUUAAUGGAGAAUAUAAAUUUCAGCUGUAAUGUGAUUGCCUCAGAUGUCAAUACUAAGUAUUCCCGAAAGAUUAACCAGGAUCUGUGGGAUGUUAUGAUUUCAAGCAAGACAAGUGAUAAUCUAGGAGCUCACAAGUGUGUUCUGUCUGCAAGAUCAGAAUAUUUUAACUGUAUGUUUGGAGCUAAUUGGAUUGAGUCAACCUCAACAAAAACAUUAAGUAUGCCUCUUCCAACCAAUAUAUUGGUCAUUAUUCUGGAUUAUUUAUAUGAAGAUGACUCACCAAAGCUUCGACAGUGCCGAGAGCCAGAAUUUGUUUGCAAUGUGCUUGUGGUAGCUGAUCAGCUUUUAGUCACACGACUUUGUGAGAUAUGUGAACAUGUCUUAGUGGGAUUGCUAACUCUAAAGAAUGCUGCAGACUUGUUAGAGUUUGCAGGUACUUACAAUGCAAAACAGUUGAAGGUUUCAGCAAUGCAGUUCAUCUGUCUGAAUUUGGCUGCUGUAUUAGAGAAUGGAUCUCUUCUGACCAUUAGCAGUGGUGACAUUCUUAUGGAUUUGUCAAUCUACUAUCGCAAAUUUAUCCCACAAAUGUGCUACCGUUUGUUAACUCCUUAUGAUCAGUCACCAUAUGCAGAUGAGCUGGAAAGGCUUCUAGAGCAAAAUCCAGUGGUAUUACCAGGGUCUGAAGAGGAAUGGGGAGACACAUAUGUCAAAGAUAGACCAAGUAGGAGUAAUGGGCACGGUUCUUCACGCAAAAAGAAACGCUCACACAGAAAUAGUCAGAGUGAAUCACGAACAAGAAAUUCUUCAACUUCUUCCCAGUUUUCUGUGGGUUCACUGUCUGAUUCUGAUUCUUUGAAAGACUUACAGCAAGAAUUGGAAGCUCUUAAUUUUGAUGACUUAGAAGAACGUUCCAUUGAGAACAAUGAAAAGGUCACUCCACACACUGAAAAAAAUGAAUGCCACUCUGAACUGAUCAUCCACAGGGAUGGGAAAAUUGAAAGUCAGAAUCAUGUUUCAGCUGAACAUUCACCUUGGCAAAAAGUCAGGAAGAAAAAAAACAUUGUGGAUCAGCUGGUACUGGCUCCUCAGAGUCUAGCUAAAGAAGUCACCAGCAUAGAAACUUGUGCAUAUAAUGUCCACCAUUCUGAUAAGAUUCCUCAAGUUCAACUUGUAACCCAAAAAACAGAAGCUUCAACAAG